UUUUCUUUUUCUUUUUUCCACCCAUUUAUUUGCCCACCUCAAAGGAAUUGGAUUGGAAUUCGAUUCCCAAUUCACAUAAUUCCAAACAGGAUUCGUUGAGGAGGGAGGGGCUGCCGCUGCUGCUAAUCGAUUAUAUAUCAAAGAAUAUGGGGUUCGACGACGAUAAAAGUAAUGAAGCUGGGUCAUCCACCAACACCCUCCGCAUACUGCCCAGAGAAGACACCCCUUUGUUGUCCGUCAAUGGCAAACCCCACACCCUUUCUUCUCAACCCAAGACAUUCGCCAAUGUCUUUAUUUCCAUCGUCGGCGCCGGCGUUCUCGGCCUCCCUUACACAUUCAUGCGUACUGGCUGGCUCACCAGCCUCCUCAUGAUUUCCUUCGUCGCCGCCCUCACUUUUCACGGUAUGAUGCUCCUCAUCCACACCCGCAAGAAGCUUGAGGAUUCCCCCCUCGCUGCCUUCCCAAAGAUUGCAUCUUUCGGUGAUUUGGGUUUCGCCGUCUGUGGUUCUAUUGGCCGAUUCGCCGUUGAUUCCAUGAUUGUUCUAUCUCAGGCUGGCUUCUGCGUCGGCUAUCUCAUUUUCAUUGGCAACACUCUCGCCAAUCUUUCCACUUCCUCCUCCUCCUCUGCUGCUGCUGCUUCCAGCCCUAAUUUUUUGGGGAUUUCUGCCAAGAGUCUUUACGUUUGGAGUUGCUUCCCAUUUCAAUUGGGCUUGAACUCAAUCCCAUCACUAACCCUUUUGGCCCCUCUGAGCAUUUUCGCAGAUAUUGUAGACUUGGGUGCAAUGGGGGUUGUGAUGGUUCAGGAUGCCAUCAUAUUCACCAAGCAAAUGCCAGCCGUUGAGGCUUUUGGCACUCUUUCCACAUUUUUUUACGGAUUAGGUGUUGCUGUUUACUCGUUCGAAGGGAUUGGAAUGGCUUUGCCUUUGGAAACGGAGAUGAAAGACAAAUCAAAGUUUGGGAAGAUAUUAGGGCUGACAAUGUUCUUUAUUGCAUCCAUGUACGCUGCAUUUGGAGCAAUGGGUUACUUUGCCUUCGGUGAGAACACGAAAGAUAUUAUCACGGCGAACAUGGGUAAGGGACUUUUGAGUACUGUAGUACAGCUGGGGCUCUGUAUAAAUUUGUUCUUUACGUUACCGUUGAUGAUGAACCCGGUUUAUGAAGUGUUUGAGAGGAGGUUUUCGAAUGGAAGGUACUGCUUGUGGAUGAGGUGGAUGCUUGUACUUGGAGUGAGUUUGGUAGCAUUGUUUGUACCAAAUUUUGCAGAUUUCUUGUCAUUGGUUGGAAGCAGCACUUGCUGUGUACUAGGGUUUGUAUUCCCAGCACUGUUUCAUUAUCUAACAUUCAAGGAAGAGAUGAGCUGGAGAAGAGCUAGUGCUGAUAUCAGCAUAGUUGUAUUGGGUGUUGUACUUGGGGUUUCAGGAACUUGGUACUCUCUCAUCGAGAUUUUCUCUGUAAAGGUAUGAAUGAAUGAUGACAUUACGUUGAGUCGGAGUUGUCGAUGUUCUCUAUGGAGAUUUUCUUAAUUGUUCUUAUGCAAUAUAUUAUAUUUAUUUUUUCUUUCUUCCCAAACCAGACAGUUUUCUUUAGUGUUGGUUGGUUCGUCAUAUUUCAGGGUGGUCAAUAAAUACUAUGAUUGAAGGAUUUAAUGGAAAUCUCUCUUGUUUUCUACUUUCAUCACUGCAUGUGCUUUUAUUUUAUCCUGAAAGUCAUUAUCAAUUAUCAGUUGACGAUUCUAUAAGACGUAUGAUGCACUAUGGUUCGAUCCUUGUAUAUUUAAUUCAACAUAAAUCUCGUUUUGGUCGCCUAAAAUAAGAUUGUUAUGCUUUU